AUGGCUAAAUCCCGCCCCUGGGCAUCCCUGCCCGCCGAGAUCCUCAUGAUCCUAGAGGAGGUUUCACGGCAGAAAGACGUGGGGUGGGCUUCGUUGGCCUCGGUCUGCAAGGAGUGGCAAUUCGUAAUCGCGAGGGAAAACUUCCGUCAGCUCAAGUUACGACCGUCUUGCCUCAUGGCCUUUGAACGUUUGAUCGUUCUGCAGCGGCAGCUCAUCCGUUACAUCCAUCUUGAAAUCGAGCUGCCGAGAUACUCAUGCCGGCAAUGCACGACAAGCCCAUCAAUGCGUAGCAUGGAUCAAGAGAGCCUGUCCAUUAGCCACGGAAUCUGGAGCUUAUUACGGAUCCUCGGUACCUGGGAGCUAGCAAAUAACGGCCUCGCAAACGGUGUUACGUUGGAGCUCAGCGCCUAUUCUCCCAGCGAUACAGAACACUGGUUCAAGAACUACCAUUUUACCCCCGAUGCCGAUGGGAACAAUGGCGACAACUGCAAGCCGGACGAUCCGGUGCACGGCUGGAUCAACGGCCAACAAGUGGUCUCGCCUCCUGCGACAGCCAUCCCGAGGCUUUUCUCAAUGGUCCAUCUCGGAUUCCAAAGAGAUAUUCCUCAAGUUGUCCUUCCACCUUCCGUCGAACGCCUUCCCAACACCCUCAAGAAGGUUUCCGUCUUUGAAGAUUUUAGCGACACCCUUGCUACGAUACUAGUGGAAGACCAGAACCGGAACUUUACAUCCGUGCGAAUGCAGGUGGAGGCCGUCCGCAUCGCGGAUCCUCAAGUCGGCGCGGCCUUCGCCUCGAGAAGCCGCGACCUCGAACAGCUCUCGGUAUCGUACAUGGUGAACGCCGAGGACUUCUUUGGCGCUUGCCUGCCGUCUUGGACUUGGCUGCGCCUUGAGUCUCUCGCCCUCACGUCGCAGCUCCUUUACCACGGUUGGGAGCGUCGGAAGGCCAUUGAUGCCUUGUUCUACGUGGCUGGUAUGACGGCGCUGCGGAUGCCCAGGCUGCGCAAUCUGGCGAUCUGGAAUGGCCGGGAGGGGAACGCGUGUGCGUUCAUCUACUACACGGACCAGGACUACGCCCAUGUUACGUGGCGCGGUACGUGGGAGAUGGACCUCAGCCCUCGGGUGGUGGAGGUGUGGGAACGUGUGGCCUUGGAGAGUCGUUCAUGCCCGCUGCGGGUCACAAAGCAAGAGGUUCAGGGCGUCAUUGGAUCUCAUGGCGAUGCCAUCCAUCGUUUGGCCUUGCCGUGUCUAGUGGUUGACCCCAAAUCGUUGUGGCAAAUCCGGCGGGAAGGAAGAUAA